CGUUCGAUACGCGGAGUGCAAAGAUGGCCCAAUCCAGAACUAAACACUAUGGAGUGGCCCUGUGCCUAAUAAUUUCCCUCUUCGUGGGAUCGUCAAGUGCUGUGUGCUGCUCGGAGGGCGACACAAAAGUGGAUCCGGAUGAUUGUACCAAGUAUCUGAUUUGCUGUCACGGCGAAUUUGUAUCCAAGUCGUGUGCAAGCGGAUCCUAUUGGAAUUCGGAGAUAGAAAUCUGUGUCGUGGAUGAUGGCCAAUGUAGGCCUCCAUCCUGUGUGGAUGGCGAAAUUACGCCGAAUCCGGAUGACUGUGCCGGCUAUUUAGAGUGCGUAAACGGAAACGAAGUGAUCCUGACCUGUCCGGAUGGCGACUACUUCAAUUCGACCCUGAAUCGGUGCGUUGAAGAUACCUGCGGCGUGUGCAUAAGCUGCACCGAGGGCAGCAAAAAGGCCGAUCUCAACGAUUGCUCCAAGUUCCAGAUAUGCGUCAACGGAAAGUACGUGUCUCAAUCUUGUGCCGCCGGAUAUUACUGGAAUGCAUUAAACAAGGAGUGCGAAGUGGAUGAUGGUCAGUGCAACGGAAAUGGAACGACAUGCACUGAUGGCGAACUUAAGGUGGACCCCACCAACUGCGCAGGCUACUUGGCUUGCUCGAACGGUAACUGGGUGAGCAAGCAGUGCGCCGACGGAGCUUACUUCAAUGUCACCUUGGAGUCUUGUGUACCAGACGACGAGGGAAUAUGCGUCAACUGUAACGAGGGAUCUACAAAACCCUUGCCCGACUGUACCAUGUAUGAGAUCUGUUCCGGCGGAAAGUAUGUGACCAAGUCCUGCAACAGUGGUUACUACUGGAACAACCAGACAGAGGUCUGCGAAGUGGAUGAUGGUCAGUGCAACGGAAAUGGAACGACGUGCACUGAUGGCGAACUUAAGGUGGACCCCACCAACUGCGCAGGCUACUUGGCUUGCUCGAACGGUAACUGGGUGAGCAAGCAGUGCGCCGACGGAGCUUACUUCAAUGUCACCUUGGAGUCUUGUGUACCAGACGACGAGGGAAUAUGCGUCAACUGUAACGAGGGAUCUACAAAACCCUUGCCCGACUGUACCAUGUAUGAGAUCUGUUCCGGCGGAAAGUAUGUGACCAAGUCCUGCAACAGUGGUUACUACUGGAACAACCAGACAGAGAUCUGCGAAGUGGAUGAUGGUCAGUGCAACGGAAAUGGAACGACAUGCACUGAUGGUGAACUUAAGGUGGACCCCACCAACUGCGCAGGCUACUUGGCUUGCUCGAACGGUAACUGGGUGAGCAAGCAGUGCGCCGACGGAGCUUACUUCAAUGUCACCUUGGAGUCUUGUGUACCAGACGACGAGGGAAUAUGCGUCAACUGUAACGAGGGAUCUACAAAACCCUUGCCCGACUGUACCAUGUAUGAGAUCUGUUCCGGCGGAAAGUAUGUGACCAAGUCCUGCAACAGUGGUUACUACUGGAACAACCAGACAGAGAUCUGCGAAGUGGAUGAUGGUCAGUGCAACGGAAAUGGAACGACGUGCACUGAUGGCGAACUUAAGGUGGACCCCACCAACUGCGCAGGCUACUUGGCUUGCUCGAACGGUAACUGGGUGAGCAAGCAGUGCGCCGACGGAGCUUACUUCAAUGUCACCUUGGAGUCUUGUGUACCAGACGACGAGGGAAUAUGCGUCAACUGUAACGAGGGAUCUACAAAACCCUUGCCCGACUGUACCAUGUAUGAGAUCUGUUCCGGCGGCAAGUAUGUGACCAAGUCCUGCGACAGUGGUUACUACUGGAACAACCAGACAGAGAUCUGCGAAGUGGAUGAUGGUCAGUGCAACGGAAAUGGAACGACGUGUACUGAGAAUGAGGUUAAGGUGAAUCCUGCGGACUGCGCCGGAUACCUGCAGUGCAUAAACGGAAACUUUGUGGCCAGGAAGUGCUCCGCUACGCAGUUCUUCAAUGCCACACUGAAUGAAUGUGAGGUCGACACACAGAAUGUGUGCAUUCCCAAAACCUGCGAUCCCGACUGCUGCGAUGUGCCCAACAAUUCCAUCUGGCCCGUGGAGAAAAAUUGCUCCGCCUUCUACCAGUGCGUAAAUGGUAACAAAUAUGAGCAGCGGUGCUCCAACAACCUGCAAUACAAUUCAUUAAUAGAGCAGUGCGAUUAUCCUGAAAAUGUUAAAUGCGACGAUGGAUCUGCACCGCCGAGUGGUCCGAAUGCCGGACCCUCGGGAACUUAUUGCGAGAGCCACGGACGAUGCGUUGGCCAGCGGGAUGGUACCAUGUUCGCCGAUGCCAGCGGAUCUUGUAGUUCCAAUUACGUAGUCUGCCAGUGCGAGUGUGAGGUGAACUUCACUUGCUCCUCUGGACUUUUGUACAAUUCGCAGGUCAAAUCCUGCGAUUGGCCCGAUAAUGUUAAGUGCUAAGUGGUUUCAAUAAACAAUAUUUAAAGCAGAGUAUUAAACGAAAA